CAGCUACCCAUAGACCCGUUGCAAUUGUCUCGCUUCGCGCGAAGGCAGGGAUCAACGUCACUGUCGUUUUGCGAGCGGUAAGGUAGGUUUCAGGCACUGUACAUAUACAACCGUCGUCUCAGUCAAUCUCCAUUCACCACCGUCCUUCACUCUCCACUUCCUUCUGAGAGAUAUUCACCAUCGCAGUAAUGGCGCAGUCGGUUCUUCGCAAUGGCGUCGAGAAGCUCUCAGAGGCUCUUGACGGGUCGACACAGGGACAGAAGUUGCGCGACAUGGCAAAAGACAUGAAGGACUACCAUGAUCCCAACGCACGCCUGACCACCGAUUACGGUGUCAAGCAGACGAACACGGACGACUGGCUCAAAAUCGUCAAUGAGAACCAUACUGGUCCGAUGCUUCUCGAGGACCACGCAGCUCGCGAGAAGAUUCACCGAUUCGACCAUGAACGUAUUCCGGAGCGUGUUGUUCACGCUCGUGGUGCUGGUGCUUUCGGCUCUUUCCGUAUGCAUAAGAGUCUGGAGGAGUAUACCACGGCAGGUGUGUUGACCGACACGAGCCGCACGACUCCCGUAUUCCAGCGCUUCUCUACGGUGCUCGGAUCCCGUGGUAGCGCAGACACGGUUCGCGAUGUGCGCGGCUUCGCCGUCAAAUUCUACACCGAGGAGGGUAAUUGGGAUAUCGUUGGAAACAACAUCCCCGUCUUCUUCAUCCAGGAUGCGAUUAAGUUCGUCGAUGUUAUCCACGCCGGCAAGCCCGAACCACACAACGAAGUGCCGCAGGCUCAGUCUGCGCACAACAACUUCUGGGACUUUAUCUCCCUGCACUCUGAAGCUACUCACAUGUUUAUGUGGCAACAGUCUGACCGCGCCAUUCCUCGCUCGUACCGAAUGAUGGAAGGGUUCGGAGUCAACACAUUCAAGCUUGUGAACAAGGACAACAAGGCGCACUUUGUCAAGUUUCACUUCAGGCCACACCUCGGUGUCCACUCGUUUGUGUGGGACGAGGCUUUGAAGCUGGCUGGCCAAGAUCCAGAUUUCCACAGGAAGGACCUCUAUGAGGCCAUCGACAAUGGUGCAUUUCCGAAAUGGGACUUCGGUGUCCAGCUCAUCCCAGAAGGCGAUGAGGACAAGUUCGAAUUCGACAUCCUGGACGCCACUAAGGUUUGGCCAGAGGAGGAAGUGCCGGUCCAAUUCGUUGGUGAGCUUGAGCUCAACCGCAAUGUGGACGAAUACUUCACCCAGACCGAGCAAGUCGCUUUCUGUACCGGCCACGUUGUUCCCGGCAUCCACUUCUCAGAUGACCCGCUGUUGCAAGGCCGCAACUUUAGCUACAGUGACACUCAGCUUACCCGUCUCGGUACAAACUGGCAAGAGCUUCCAAUCAACCGACCGGUGUGUCCCGUGAUGAAUAAUAAUAGGGAUGGCCAGCUACGCCACUCUAUCACAAAAGGAACGGUCAAUUACUGGCCAAACCGCUUCUCAGCCACGAAGCCUGCGAAGCCAGAGGAGGGUGGUUACGUAGACUACGCCGAGAAGGUUGCUGGCAUGAAGCAGCGUCUCCGUUCGAAGAAGUUCCAGGAGCACUACAAGCAGGCCCAGCUAUUCUACAACUCGAUGUCUGAGCCGGAGAAGAUGCACAUCAUGACAGCACUCGCGUUCGAGCUUGACCACUGCGAUGAUCCUACCGUGUACAACGGCAUGGUCGAGCGUCUUACAUACAUCGACCUCGAACUUGCACAGAAGGUAGCAGAACUUGUCGGCGCACCCAUCCCACAAAAGGCGGCCCUCGAGAACCAUGGGAAGAAGUCAAAGAACCUCAGCCAGACUGAGAUCCAGCCGAGGGAGCCGACCAUCGCAACCCGCCGGGUGGCCAUCAUAAUCGCUGACGGCUAUGAUCCAGUGGCCUACAAUGGCAUGGUUGCAGCCCUCAAGGCCGCUGGCGCCCUGCCAUACACCAUUGGCCCGCGCCGCAGCAACGUGUACGCUGCUGGCGAGAGCAAAGAGGCUGGCAAGGGCAAGCAGCCUGACCACCACUUGGAAGGCAUGCGCAGCACCAUGUUCGACUCCAUCUUCGUGCCGGGCGGCGCUGAUAGCAUCGCCACGCUUCGCAAGAAUGGCCGUGCGCUCCACUGGGUCCGCGAAGCAUACGCACAUCUCAAGGCGAUUGGUGGUACUGGCGAGGCCGUGGAGUUUAUCAAGGAUGCUUGCGCUCUACCGGGUAUGGACUUCUCGACUAGCGCCGAGGUUGUGGACAGCUAUGGCGUCGUGACUGCGGCGAAGGUCAUGCCUGAAAGCUUCAAGGAGACAUUGAAAAUGGCGAAGGGUGCGAAGGACUUUGUGGAUGCUUAUACGUUCGAGAUCAGCCAGCACAAGAACUUCGAACGGGAGCUGAAGGGUUUCCCAAUGAUGGUUGCUUUCUAAGCUAAGCACUGGACGAAGGGGAUUGGCAUAUGUGUAAGCUGUAGGUGACGGAUAGUAGCGUUGCGUGAUGGUACCAUAGCGAUAGUUAGCUUGAGGUAGCACUAUGACAUACGUAAUUCGUAAUAAUGCUCGUCCCAGGGG